AUGGCCAGCUCCCGUAACAAUAGGACUGCAACUUCGACAUCGCGGAACAUCACCGGCAUUGUCGACACGUACGCGUCACCGACUAUGGGCUCAUCACCAGCAGAAUACUCGCGGCGGUCAUAUGAUCCUAUUCUGAGCGGUCGUGGACAUGGUGAUGUCAGCAUGUCUUCCUCACCAUCACCAUCGCCAUACCCCCUUUCAAACUCCAGGCGAGCCAACCUCCAUCAAUCAACAUCCACGCAUUCAGGCUACCUCGACCGCGCCCAACUUUUCGGUCGCACGCCUAUCCAACAAAACACACGUCGCGCCCGCCCUCCUUCAACCUCGAACGAACGAAACAUACGAAAGCGUUCGUCGCGUACCCCUACUGGCGAGUGGGCGGAAGCCGGUCUUCCUGAACCACCUAUCGAGGCGAGUAGGGUUAGCUUGGAGAAUGCUGAGGGUUUGGUUUGCACACCCACCGGUAUCACCACCUUGGACGUCGAAGAAGACACGCCAGGUCGCUUUUCACCCUCAGCGCAAUUGCCUGCGACUUGCAAGACUUCGCCUGCGGAAGAUGCGUUAAGGGAGCAGUUUGAGAAGGGUAGGGUAGAGCUGGCUAGGAAUCUUGCGUGGCGAAGUAGUUCGAAUGGGAAGUCGAAGUGCGCUGGCAGGAGUUUUGAUACGAAUCGUGAGGGGUGUGUGUCUCCUAAGACGCCGACAAAUGUUUCUGAGGACGAGGAGAGCGAGUUUGGGUAUGUAGAUCCGGCGAGUGUGCGGGAUGUUCUUGCGCGGGUGAAGGCGAGGGAGGCGACUGGACGUACUCAUUCGCUCUUCGAUAGUUCGCAGCAUAUAAGAAACCGCGAUGAGCCGAGCGAAAGCUAUUUCGACGUCGGCAUUCCGCGCCGCAAUAAGAAUGCACUCUUCGCCGAUUCACCGGAUGCAGACAUGGCUUUGCCAAAGCUUCCGGAUCGCCGUGUCUUUUCGCUAGUCGAACCGCCGCCGAUGAAGACACCAACUCGGAAGCGUCCAUCCCCAGUGAGCAGUCGAGCUGAGCUCUCGUUCUCGCCCAUCUUAGCUGCUAUCGACGUAACUCCCCGGCCAACGAGCCACGAUCUCGCUAUCACGCCCGUUACCACCCACCUCACUCUCAGCACCAUCACGAUAACAUUAUCCCAACCGCCUACUCCUCCACGUAGCCGCACCGGUCUCACCUUCUCACAAGCAACCGCGAUAAUCUACGGCUGCAUGACCAUAACAGCAUCACACCAAGCGCUUCUUGGUCUAGGCGGCGACAUCGCUGCUAUGGACUUGAUCAUAGGUCUAUUCGGCGCUUUCCUUCUCGGCCUUGCUAUUUGUGUAGUUCUGAAAAUGCUGCUCGGUGCUAGAUUGCGACGCGUACCUAGGGACGUUCUGCGAUAG